UUUUUUUCGACCUGUGCAUCUUCUUCGGAGGGCACAGACUGGGCCCUGCCCGGGCUCAGGCCGGAGUGGCAAGCCGUGCCAUCGACAGGUUCUUCUUCUCAAUUUUUACGGACAAAACCCGCCAUUCUGCUCGUGAAAAUAACCUGACCGUGAACGCAACUCAGCAAACGAGCAAGAAGCGAGAGAUGGGGAGCUAGAUUCCGCCCUGGGUUAUAAGGCACUGUUACAAGUCUGCAAUUAAUCUCUUCAUCUUGCAGACUCCAUGACGAUGACGACAGACACCAGUGACCCUAGAAUCCUUCUAGACUUAAACAGGGAUAUACUUGUUAGGGAUAUAUACUGUGUAGACCCUAUCGUUGACCACCUUAUGAUACAUUUGACAGAGGAAGAAAAGAACACAAUAAGGGGUGGACAAGGGGAUAACAGACACAGUCAAGCCAGAAAGCUAUUAGAUGUAGUCAGAAGUAAAGGCCUGGGUGCUUUCUUUUGUUUCCGCGAAGCUUUAAGACGCUGUAAUUGUAAUUAUCCCCAUUUGGAGGAUCUUCUACGCCAUUGUCCGAUUAAUGCUCACAAUGAAAAAUUUAUGUUUUGGUGUGAACAGUGUGAAUGUUUGCAAUGCGAGCAUUGUAAGAACAAGCAUGUUCAUCCUGAGCAUGACUUAACUGCAAUCUUUAGCGUCACUGAAAAUAUCAAGACAAAAUUCGACUGUUUCGUUAGAGAAAGCAGAACAAAACUCUCCUGUAUACGAAACAGACAAAUCAGCUCCGUGGAGCACCGUGAACUUAAGUCAUGGGCGGAAACCAGCGGGGUGGAAAUCCGGACUUUAGUUAGUAAGACUAUUGAAGAAGAAGAGAACUGGUUCGCCAAUAAGCUUAGCAAUGAGGGGACGCCAUCUGUUUGCGAACAAGGGUCGGUGGACACGGCAGUGCUGAACGUAGGUGGGCCAAGCGACGUCGACAGGGCCGCUGUUGGACAAGUGGCGGCACGGCGUAAAUACGAGGAUGCCGGAGGUCUCAGGACCCUGUUGGCGCUUAACAGGAAGGAACUUAUCCAGGAGAUGCAAUUCAUUGGUCCUAUAACAGAUUCACUUUGUAAGAAAGAUGUCAUAACACCAGAAGAGGAGUGUAUAAUAGUCCAGACGCCGUCAACCCCACAAGAACAGGCCAGGAGGCUGCUGGAUAUCAUCGCAUGCAAGGGCAAAAUUGAAACACUUCAUCAUUUCGCCAAAGCUUUGGAGACAACAUAUCCGUAUUUGGCAGAACUCUUGCAUCAAUGCCCUGAGCAUAACGCUAAGUUUGAGUUCUACUGUGAAAAGUGUGCGGUUUUAGUUUGCCUUGCAUGCCGUGAUAGCAAUCACACAGACCAUGUAACCACGUCAAUCACUACAGUAAUAACAUUAUGUAAAUCUGAGUUUGACCGCUUCAUUGUAGACAACAGAAACAAACUCAUGGACAUACGUCACCAGAAAAUAGGCCCAGACGGACAAGUGAAAUUGGUAAAGGAAAGUGGGGCAGUGUUGCGGGAUAUGGUUAUAAGAAAAAUUGAUGAAGAAGUAAACAUGUUUAUCAGCAAGCUUGACCAAUCUCUCCCCAACUUGACCAAACCGCCCAAGGGAAUGGAACGGAAAAGCAGGAAAAGAAAAAAGGCUCGCUAAGACAACAAAAUCAUUGUCCUGUUGAUAUGUUAUAGUUCUCGACCAUGUCGCUGCUGUAUACACUAGAAAGGAAAAUAUGUUUGUAAAUUUAAAAAAAAAUGAUUUCAGGUAUUCACUUUUUGUUGACAAUCAAACCCAUUGUGUUAUAACUGGACAACUUAAGCUAAGGACAAUUCAGUAAAUAUUAGAUGAUAUUCAAGAAAUAGACUUCUCAGAAACCUCAUGUAAUGUAUUUCUCUGUGAUAUUGAUAUUCUCAAAUCCUGAUCUAGUGAAUAUGACAAUGUCAGCCAACAAAUUAGAUCACAAUGUUAGACACAUAUCUGCCGUGACACUGAGACAUCUUUAGCACUACAUAUUAUUGGUUUUGAUGUAAUGCCACUACAU